UUCAAAUAUUACAUACAACUUCACCAAGCUUCAACGUGUCAAGAGCUUCUCAAGUCAUAUAAGCUAGUUAUACACUUCAGUCACAGCCAAUUUAAUUCUAAACUAUAAAGGCUACACCAAUGGCGCUGAUUGAGAAUAACCACCUAUACGAUCAACCUAAUCCAUCUACAAGUUCACUUAUGAGUUCCGUUCCACUUCUCUUCUCUAAAUUCCAGGAGUUGCCGCCCGAGUUACGGCAUCAUAUCUGGCGCAUGGCCCUUCCCACACCUGGCAUCAACUUUUUCAACGUUCAUUGCAUACCUAACGAUCAUCACGGCGUUAAUCAGAGUACUUCUCCUUCCUGGCUGUACCUGGACCUGAGACGUCUAUCCAUCGAUGAUGACGAUGAAACAGUCUCCCAGUACGAUCCUUCAGCAUGGCAGGCUCGGGAGACGCUACGUCGCGUUUGUCGAGAAGCCCGUGAUGUGUGUGCUCUCUCUCCAGCCGAGGCCGCUACUAUCACACUAACUCGCCCUCGUCGUGGCCUAUUUGUGAGAGCGGCAGAUGGCCAGCUACGAAAAUUGAUCCCCAUGCGUUACCGCCCCGAACUUCCAUACCUCCAACCAAAACCGUCCGGCAAGCGACGAGCUGAUCAUCUGGAACCAUUGGAGCACCGGGUGGUCAGUGUCCAUGUCGAUGACGUGCUCUGUCUCUCCAUCGAGAACUGUAGCUUCAACCUCCCGUUUGAGGAAAUGCCCAUCACCAACAGCGACGGACUUUUUUCUUACAGUAGUGGUUCAUCAGAUGGCGAUGACUAUGAGUUGGGGUGGGCUUACGACCCGCAGCUAACACCUCCCCUACCAUCUGCCAUCAGAUGGUCAAGGAUGUGUAUUGAGAUGGCUCGCAACGAUCGGAUCAUUCUCCAGGGUGUUAAUGAGGCGGUCCGGGAUAUGCUAUCAUUCUCCCAGAACCGGAAUGCGCAGCCGGGGGAGAUGCCAGAUCAGGUGCCUUUGGUCAUGUUUGACGCGUUGAAACAGGAGCUGGGUCAACGCCGCGUCGAGGAGCUUACCCCUUGGGAUGAGGUGUUCUGGGAUCGCUACGGUGACCGCUACGUUGCACUUCCGUGGAACUCGACAGACCUACUUGCCGAUUAUAAGCUCACCAAGGUAUGGCCCGAGGCCAAUGAUAUUCGGCUCCGACACUUGCGGUCCGCGAUGCUACAAUCGCCAAAGAGGCCUGCUAAUUACCCGUCUUGACAUGUCUUUACUCCGCAAUACGCUCCGGUAUAAAUAGGUGUUACGCACGUAUGAACAAAAACAGUCAUGUAUGCAUUUUAGAAAGCUUGAACGAUAAUGUUAGACAAUGUUAUUUACAUUGUUAUACGACAAAUAUCAGACCAUCGAUAGAUAAACACGGGGUGGAUUUGAAUAAUGAAAUUCCUAAUGGAAUUCCUAUAAAAGACUCUUAUAAUGUUUUGCUCG